ACCAAAUUACAGUGAUCUUGGUCUGAGCCCAGAGAGAAUUCGUCUGCCGCCAUGGUUCCUCAACUAGGAAGAAACACUGUCGGAAGAUCUAGAAGAAAGAAAUACGAAACCACCGCCGCUGUUUCUCGUCAGAAUCAACAGUUUGAGGAGGAAGAAGAAUCUGACAACCUUAGCCAUCUCAUUUCUCUUGUCGCUUCAGCUACCAUCGCCGCACAUUCAUUUCUUUCCCAAAACGAUCUCGUCCUCCUCCCUUCCCAAACCCUAACCCUAGAAUCUAAAAUCUCCACCACUUCCGAUUCACUCUCCAGACUCCUCGCCCUGGUCGAACCCAUAUCACUAUCUCCUCUCCCCCUUCGUCCACUUCCAUCUUCUCCAUGUUGGUUCAACCGAUUUCUAGCAUCCCAGUCAGACGAUGAUGAUAUAGGAUGGGUAGAAGCUUUCCGCAUGUCAAGACCUUCGUUCUAUCUCCUAAUCCGCUUGAUCGCCCCUGCCCUAACCACCAUCUACCAUUUCCAUCCCGAAUUCACCCUAGGCGCAGCUCUAUUUCGUCUCUCACAUGGGGCAACCUACAAAUCGGUGGGUAGGAGGUUUAUGAUGGACUCCACCACCGCCUGCCGCUGCUUCUACACUGUAUGCAAGGCUAUCGUGGAAAGAAUGGGUCACAUGUUCGAUUUCCGAUCAGAAUCCGACCUCAAACGUAUCACAUCAGGUUUCGGCUGGGAAUCUCUCCCUAAUUGUUGUGGGGCAUUAGGGUUCGAAAGUUUUUCAAUUGACUGUGAUCUGUUGGGAAAGAAUGGUUCAUUGAUGGUUCAAGCAUUGGUUGAUCUUGAAGGCAGAUUCCUAGAUGUAUCAGCUGGAUGGUCAAGCGCAAUGAAACCAGAAACAAUCCUUCGCCAAUCAAGGUUGUUCUCUUCUGUGAAUGAAUUGCUAAUCGGGCCUUAUUAUGAUAUUGGAGAUGACAAUUCAAUCCCACAGUACAUAUUAGGUGAUUCUUGUUUUCCUUUACUGCCAUGGCUGAUCACUCCUUAUACUGUUGUUGAAAAUGAGAAGGAGGAAGCAUUCAACUCUGUUCAUAACAAUGUGAUGGAAUUGGUUAAGAAAGCUUUUGGGAAAAUAAGGACGAGAUGGGAGCUUCUGUCCCAUAGCUGGAAGGAACAAUCUGUUGAAGCAUUCCCUUUUGUUAUUGUUGCGUGUUGCCUUCUUCAUAAUUAUCUCAUCAAGUGCAGUGACGAUGAAAUGCAGGAAGAGAGUUUAACCUACUUUAAGGACUCUAUUAAGCUUCCUCCUUUUGAAGGUGGUGAAGAAGAUGAAAUUGGGAAACGGACAAGGGAUUUGCUUGCUUCGAGUUUGAAACUGGUAAGCUGUAUUCAAGAGUAAUACUAUCUAUAGAUAGAAAGCUAUAUAAGUAUAGUAAAGAAGUUAGCUUUGAUUGUACUGCAAAACAAGUAAGUAGAUGUAAUCUUUUGACACUCAUCAGUUUCAAUUGCCUAGAUGAUCAUGUGUUGCACUAUUGUGGGGGUUUAUAUGACCUGUUGAUGGAUUUCCUUUCUAUAAUAGACUCUACUUAAU